AUGAAGCAAGAUCUGUUCAGAUACCUUCCAUCAGAAAUCUUCAUUGAUAUCCUACUGAGACUCUCUCUUGAAAAUAUUUCAACUUGCAAAUGUGUCUGCAAACCAUGGCUCAAUCUUAUUGAGAGCGAUACUUUUCUCAAGUUCAAUCUUUCUAAAUUCUCCCCCGCCCUAGCCGUCUCCAUUGUGGGGACAGAUUCAAAUUGGUUCAAUGUUUUCAAAUUGGAAGACGAGCAUGAGCCCAAGCAUAAGCACAAGAAGGAUCCAAUUAUCAAGUUUAAUUUCCCUCAAGCAUCAACAAUACAAGGUUCUGUCAACGGUUUGCUUCUUUUGAAAAAUCCUUUUCGUAGUCAUCUUUAUGUAUGUAACCCGACUACCCGUGAAUUCGUCGAGCUCAGUGGGCGUCUUACUCGUCCUCGGGCAGAUUGUUAUGGAUUUGGAGUGAGUAGAAUAAGCGGACAACAUAAGAUUGUCUAUUUUAACCCUAAGUAUGACGGAUGUCAUGUAUACACUCUUGAAGCGGGAUCUUCGUGGAGAUGCGUUGAAGUCACUUCACCCUCGUUUGAUUGUUGCCACAACUCCAAUGGUGCAUUUGUUAGUGGUAAUCUCCAUUGGUACAUUUUCGCAUCAUGCAAAAAGGACCUUAUCAUAAUGAUGCCUACCUUCAAGGUGUUUAUGAGGGUCGAUAUUACCAUCGCAAACGUCUUCAGCCUAUCAAAAUUUACAGAAAUGGCGACUUGUUGA